GUGGUGGGACCCCUGAAAGCCAUCAAGGAAACCCGUCCACGAUCCGGUCUCUUUGGCCAAGAUGGCGGUCGGGAAAGUGUUGAUUAUCGACGCUAAUAACCACCUGCUUGGUCGGUUGGCAGCAGUGGUUGCCAAAAGCAUCCUGCAAGGCCAGAAAAUAGUCGUUGUGAGAUGUGAGGGGCUGAACAUUUCUGGUAGCUUCUACAGAAACAAGUUGAAGUACUUGGAGUUCCUGCGGAAGAGAACGAACACCAAGCCUUCCCGAGGACCCUUCCAUCUCAGGGCCCCCAGCCGCAUCUUCUGGAGGACCGUCCGUGGCAUGCUGCCGCACAAGACAACCCGGGGUGCACAAGCCUUGGAACGCUUGAAGGUCUUUGAGGGCAUUCCACCUCCUUAUGACAAGCAAAAAAGACUGGUUGUACCGUCUGCCCUGAGGAUCAUCCGCCUCAUGCCCAACCGUAGGUUCUGUUCUCUUGGCCGUCUGUCUCACGAGGUGGGCUGGAAGUACAAGGAGGUGGUGGACACUCUGGAGGCCAAACGCUCUGCCCGUGCUAAGCUGUACUGGGAGAACAAGAAGAAAACCAUGAAACUGCGGACACAGGCCAUGCAGAACCUGUCCAAGAAGCUGGAGCCCCUCAACAAGCAGAUCGAGGAGGCCGGCCACUACGUCGCCUGAACACGGGGCUACCAGAUGUACACACAUUGUGCAGAGAGAAAAUAAAAAAACACAACUUAUAA